AUGGAUGUCCUCAACACACCAGGCGGGCCAUCCACGUAUCCUUACAACAUGCAGGAGAAGAUGACAAACCGGCAAGUGCAGAAUGCAGGGUACACACCGUUCUGCGAUCACGAUCACGAUGGUGAUCACUCCAGUGACAUGAGUGAUGAGUCGACCUUCCGAGUAGACGAAGACAAAGAUGGCCUUCCAGACGUUCUAAUGAACCAGACGACUGCGGAAUGCUUCAACAUUCCCGUGUUCCGAGAGCAGUUGCUGCUUCACUUGCUGUCACCAUUCUGCAUUCCGUUCUAUUUGUUGAUGGGCAAGAGGGCAUUACUUUCAAACACGCAGACUUGGCCUUGUCCGAAUCUCGUGACGCUCUACUGGACAGUAGUCCCAUUAAUCGUCUACGCCAAUGCGAUGCUAUUUGCACUGUUCUACGAUGAGUUCGAACGGAAUGACAUUGGCAUUGCUGAGAUCGUGAUUGUGCCGUGCUUGGCCAUGUUCACACAUCGAUCCAUGAUCGCGCUGAAAUACAGCGGUCUUUCCCCGGAGGAGUACGCACUCUGGCUGGAUGCUCCGAGACAAAUUGCCGCCAAAUGGAGCAAGCAGAUGCAGCUCAUCUCCACGUGGCUGCCAGUGCCAGAUGAAAUCCUAGUGGCAGAGAUUGACAAGGCGUGCAAGUAUCAAGGUGCUGAUCUGCAUGAGAUUUUCUUCGAGCACGAUGUGCAGGAUGUGUGUAGCUGGAGAUGCUGGCAGGUCUGGGAGCAGAUGCUGGAAGGCCACUGCACCAACUCAGAGCUGAAAAGCUCAUCCUUGUGCCCCAAUCUCACACGCGUCCUCUCUCGAGAGACUAGCGUGAGCUUCUCCCGGGGCCUUCGACGGAUCAGCGCUCAUCAGCUCCUGUACACCUUGUACCGUCGUACUGCCGACGAAGUCACGGAGGGCCAGCGAUUCAUCACUGUAGGCUUGUUUGCGCUCUUUCCGGCCAUUUUCCCGAUUGCUUGGCGCUGUGUGAAGUGCACCAGCGAGCUAGGCGACGAAGUCGAUGCCGGAGAUAUUCUUGCUGCGGGCUUUGGAAGGCAUAGCUACGUCGUUUCCUACUGCGUGGCACAAGCUGCUUUUAUUGCCUACUCGCACGGCGCCGUGUCGUCUGUUUUUGCCGUCAUCGCGAUUAUUCACUAUAAGCGCAUGCAGAUGGUGAUGGAAUCGGUGCAACAGCUGGCUCGGCGACUGCCCUGCCUGUACCCCAACUUGCCUCAGGUGCAGCUUUCAGGCCCGACAGCAGAAGCGAAUGUGCGGGCGGUGCUUGCCUGCUUCGAGACCGUUCUUCGAAUGGGAAGUCGAUACCAACACCGAGCAGACUCCUACAUUGGAGCGUUGGCUACAGCUUCGACUAUGGGUCUCGGCCUUGUCCUCAUCGGAGUGAUUUUGGGUGCACACUCCCAGCUAAAUGCUGGGACAUGUGUGUGCCUUGUGAUCAUCAGUGGUGUUACAGUUGCGAUACACCAGAUGAUUCUUUACGGCCGCCUUGCCAACGAAAACUUCGGCAAGCUGUCCAGCAACUUCUGCCGGGCUCGGUGGCGCAACUCCGUGACUGGUGAUUCCGAAGCGGGAGAUCAAGUGAUGAGCCUGGCUAUGGAAAGACUGGCACUGCUUGCAGAAACCGAGCCCGUGACCGUUGCCUGCUUGAUCCCAACAGCCGACUUGGGAUACAGCAUCGUCUCCCUGGUGAGUACUUUUGUGCUGUACAUCCUGGGCAAGCUGCUCCAUGUCGAGCUUCCUCUUUGA